AUGUAUUUGAAAACCAUUCUUCUCUGUGCUUUUAUUGUUUUAAAUUCCUUAGUCGAAAGCGCUAGGGAAGAGCGUCCUAAGAGCCUUGAUCAAAAAGUACAGCAGCUAAAUGAUCUAUACCAAAAGAAAUUUUUGGUUAAAUUUAAUGGUCCCAAAUUUAAGGAAUUUGUCAAAUCACCACCAAGAAACUAUUCAGUUAUUAUGAUGUUUACUGCAAUGGCAUCACACCGACAAUGUUCAAUUUGCGGGCAUGCUAGUGAUGAAUUUAUAAUUGUAGCAAAUUCAUAUCGCUAUUCCCAUAGACUAACUGAAAGUCCUUUAUAUUUUGGAAUUGUUGACUUUGAUGAAGGAUCUGACAUUUUUCAAAUGUUGCGAAUCAAUACUGCUCCAGUGUUCAUGCAUUUUCCAGCUAAAGGUAAACCAAAACCUUUAGAUACUAUGGACAUACAAAGAGUUGGUUUCGCAUCAGAAAUGAUUGCAAAAUGGAUACAAGAAAGAACUGACGUACAAAUUCGAAUAUUCAGACCACCAAAUUAUUCAAGUACAUUGGCGUUAUCCAUUUUAUUUGCAAUAUGCUCUUCAUUUUUAUACAUCAGACGAAAUAAUAUGGAAAUGUUUUUCAAUAAAAAUUUAUGGGGAGUUUUUUCUGUGUUAUUUUGUCUGAACAUGAUUUCUGGACAAAUGUGGAAUCAUAUUAGAGGGCCGCCACUAAUGCAUCGUAAUCAGCAAGGCAUUAUCACAUAUAUUCACAAUUCAUCACAAGGACAGUUUAUUGUUGAAACCUACAUCAUAAUUAUAUUGAAUACAAUAUUGGUGUUUGGAGCUGUGAUAAUGAUCGAUUCUUAUACAAAGAAAACAGAUUCUAAGACACGUAAAAUAAUGACUGUUGGUGGUUUAGCAUUAGUUGUGUUUUUAUUCAGCGUUAUUCUAUCCAUAUUUAAAUCAAAAGCACAUGGAUAUCCUUACAGCUUUUUGAUCAAAUGA